AUGGAGGGAGCUUUGGAAGGGUGGCAAGGUGGGGCGGUUGCAGCAAGGACAGGUGGGCAGCACCUAGAGGAGCAACAGGUCCUCGCGGUACCCUCUUUAGGUGCUGGGCAUCAGUCCCUAGCCAAGAGGCAGCUUUGUUUUCUCCAGGAGGGGGAGCUGGAGAGCAUGGGUGCCACACUGACUGGGAAGAAGAAUGUGGUGCAUGGGGAACAGAAUGGCGUUGGGGUUGAGCUGCCUACCAUCGUAGGAAAUCUAUCACCAAGGUUGGUAGGCCGCCAGGAGCAGCCGCUGGAGGCGUUGGUUGUGGAGUUGAAUCACAUCUCUUUGGUUGUUCAACAUCCGUUUUUGCCUAGCUUGGUCACUAUGUCUUUUGUUCACGCAAAAUGCUCUAGGGAAGAGCGAAGGGACUUAUGGCUAAACCUAUUAGCUGAUAAACCUAGCUCAGCUCCUUGGUGCAUUGGGGGAGACUUUAAUACCAUUUUGGCACCCCAUGAGAAACGGGGGGGUCGGCCAUUUGGUGUAGCUGAAGGGGUGGAGCUUAUGUCCUUCAUGGAAGAGGCUGGAGUUUUUGACGUGGGCUUUUCGGGAGCUAGUUUUACGUGGUGUAAUAAUAGGAGAGGCAGUGCUAGAGUCUCGAAGCGGUUGGACAGAUUAUUAAUUAAUAGGGAAUGCUUGAACUUGUUCGCCUCGAUUUCUGUAGUGCAUUUGGCGAGAUACCCUUGCGACCACGCGCCACUGAAGAUUUCGUUUACCUCUCUCUUAGAUGAUAAACCACGUCCAUUCUGUUUCUUGAAUGUCUGGACGUCCAAACCACAACUCUUGGAGGUGAUUCGCAGUGCUUGGGAUCAAGAAGUGAGUGGCUCUCCAUUGUGGGUCUUGUGCUCUAAAUUGUUGGCAGCCAGGAGGGCUAUUCAGCACUGGAAUAAGCAUUGUUUUGGUAAUGUGUUCGAUGCUGUUAGGGAGGCGGAGGCAACAAUUCAAAGGACAGAGGAGGCCAUGGAUCAAGAGGGGUCGGAGAAGGCACAGGUCGAACUCAACAAGGCUCAAGCGGAGUUACGUCAUGCGUUGUCCAUUGAAGAGCAGUUCUGGAGUCAAAAGACUCGAGUUAAAUGGCUUCGCAGUGGAGAUCGUAAUUCCAGAUUCUUCCAUGCAGUGGUACGGCAGCGACGGGCUCAAGGUAUGAUUCAUAGAACAAAGGCGGCCAAUGGAGUGUGGGUGGAGUCGGAUGAGGAUAUAACGAGUGAGGUAAUAGCAUACUUUUCUGAUCUCUUCUCGGGCACGUCGAGGUCCUCCUCGGAUAUGUUGCAUCUUAUCCCACUUGUGGUCUCGGGGGAGGACAACAGGCUCUUAGAGGUGGUGCCUACUAUAGAGGAGGAGGUUAUUGCUCAAGACGUCCAUGCUGUGGUACUAAGCUUCUUUUGUGGGACGGAACUGCCUCGUUUCGUCACUUCUACCUCGCUUGUGUUAAUUCCUAAGGUAUCGAAUCCUCAGGAUUUCUCUCAGUUUAGACCGAUUAGCCCGUGCAAUUUUUUCAACAAGUUGUUAUCUAGAAUUUUGACUAAUCAAUUGGCUGGCAUCUUGCCAAAGCUUAUCUCCCUCCAACAGACAGGUUUUGUUAAGGGCCGCAAUAUAACAGAGAAUUAUUUGCUUGCUGGGGAAGUGGUAUCGGGUAUUGGUAAGAAAGUUAGGGGUGGAAACGUCGUUCUGAACCUGGACAUGUCUAAAGCUUAUGACAGGGUGUCAUGGUUGCAUAUCAUUGGAGUCCUACGAAAGUUUAAGUUUGGGGAGCAGUUUAUAAAUCUGAGGGCUCUGCCAGGGGGACCCGCUAUCGCUAGCAUUGUUUAUUAUAGGGCUGAGGUUCUGUCGAGAGGUUUAAACAACCUUGCGCUGCAGUCGGGUUUCUUGGGGUUCCGAGUUCCGUAUGGGUGCCCUCCGGUAACUCAUUUGGCAUUCAUGGAUGAUGUUCUUAUAUUUGCGAAUGGGUCCGCCUCCUUCUUAAAGGACAUCAUGUGUAAGUCGUCAUACAUUGGGGACGUGUGUCAGGCAAUCCUACAGAGGAUUUUGUCGUGGAAAUCAAAGCUAUUGUCUUCAGGAGGUAAGAUAGUUCUAAUCAAGCAUGUGUUGUCCGCGAUACCAGUCCACUUACUAUCGGCUACUGUGCUUCCUCGCUCGGUGUUCGGUAUUCUAGAGAAGGCAUGCUCGAAUUUCUUAUGGGGUUCAUCACCUAACGGAACAAAGCUUCAUUGGAUCUGGUGGUCUCAGUUGUGUUACCCGGUUGAGGAGGGCGGGGUGGGGUUUCGGCGGCUUGAAGACGUCUAUACAGCUUUCUCUUGUAGGUUAUGGUGGAGCUUUCGAAUAGGGACGUCAGUAGGGGCUGCGUUCUUGCGAGCAAAAUAUUGCAGAGGGACUGACCCCUGUCAAGCACAAUUGACGCUGACUGCUUUGCCGGUUUGGCGACGGAUGGUGAACGUGAGCCGACAAGUCGAGAUCUCUAUGUUAUGGCUAGUAAAUGAUGGGUCGUGCCAUUUUUGGUAUGAUAAUUGGUUGGGCAGUGGUGCUUUGUUUCUUCGUGCAACAGUCAUCCUGCAUCUUUCGUUCCAUAGCAGUAUCAAAAAUGGGAUUUGGGAUGUGAGUCCGUUAUCUCACCUUUUGCCUAGCGAAAUUGUGUCUUCUAUACUUCACCACCCGGUUCCAGCUGGAGGAAGUGCAGAUGAGGUAAUUUGGAUGCCCACACAGUCUAGAAAAUUCACCUUGGCGUCAGCUUUUCGUGACGUUUGGCAGGCUCGUAACACAUCUGUGGCUCUCUCUAAAGUUUGGCACCCUCGAAUCCCGUUGAAAGUGUCUUUCUUUAUGUUGCGGUUGCUGAUGGGGAGGGUGCCACUGCCGGAUAUGCUACGCCACCUAGGGUUUCACUUGCCAUCGAAAUGUCCUUGCUGCCCAGGUGCAUCUGAGGAAUCUCUCGAGCACGUUUUUUCCAGGGAUCUCAUAACGUUGGACGUCUGGAAUUAUUUUGGUGGUUGGUGUGGUGUUAGGAGCUCUGGUUCCUCCUUGUGA